UGCAUUCGGCAGCUAACUCCAGCAGCUAGAGCCAGAGUGGCUGCUAGUCACCGUGGGAGAGGCUUGCAAUGUCUGGGGCAACUUCCACCACCUCUUUGCCCAGCGGUCUGGCUGUUCUGACGACUUUCCCAGAUGUGCUCUUCAUUCCUGAAAUUAUCUUUGGGGGCCUUGUCUGGAUCCUGGUGGCAUCCUCAAGGGUCCCAGACGCCAUCCUGCAAGGCUGGGUGAUGUUUGUCUCUGUGUUCUGCUUUGUCAUGACUGUCAGCCUGCUGUGCCUCUACAUCUUCGGGGUGCAUGGGGGCAAGAGCUUCUGGGUCACCUUGGAUGUCAUCUGCCACGAGACAGCAGCUCUGUUCUACCUCAGUGCUGCCGUGUUGGAAGCCUACUUCACCUACAGCAUCCGCUUGCUGGCUGUCUUCCCUCCGGAAGCGAUCAUGUACCGUGAGAACAUCGCUGCUGCGGUAUUUGCAUUCUUAGCUACCCUGGUGUACGUGAUCCACAAGGUGUCCUCGCUCCUGCGAUGGAAAGCAUCCUAAGAGCCUCCCCGGCAAGUGUGGCUUGUGGUCACCCCAUGAACAUGAAAGCUGUUCAACGACUGCA